AUGUCUCUCCUCGAGUUCCUCUCGUCCGUCUUUGGCUGGAUCUACUUCAUCUGCUGGUCCCUCUCGUUCUACCCGCAGUCCAUGCUCAACUUCAGCCGAAAAUCCACCUCUGGUACCACGGUCGACUUCCCCCUGAUCAACUGCCUGGGCUUCCUGUCUUAUGCAAUCUCCAACUACGCCUUCUACUACAGCCCCCUCAUCCGCGCCCAGUACGCCUCCCGCUACCACGGUCUGACCCCCACCGUCCAGUUCAACGACAUCACCUUCGCCCUCCACGGCCUGCUGCUCAGCAUCAUCACCACUUCCCAGUACCUCUCCCCCCGCAUCGUCGGCGUCAUCUUUGUCAUCUUUAUCGUGCUGUCCUCCCCGGAGAGGAGCGACCCAUCUGGAGGCGGCCAUGGCUGGGUGUGGCUUGACGCGAUCUACACCAUCAGCUAUGUGAAGCUCAUUGUGACACUCAUAAAAUACACGCCGCAGGUGCUGGUGAAUUAUCGGAAUAAGAGCACAAAGGGAUGGAGUAUUGUGCAGAUCUUGUUGGAUUUUAGGGGGGGUGUGUUGAGUAUUGGACAGCAGGGGAUUGAUAGCUGGUUGCAGGGGGAUUGGAGCGGGAUUACGGGAACCCGGUCAAGUUUGCGCUGGGGAAUGUGA